AUGGACGCCGUCGAUGUUUCAGAGCACUACGAGGUCGGCACCCGCGAAGAGACUCCCUCGCUGCUUACCAUCGUCCUCGAUACAAACCCCCGAGCCUGGGCAUCGCUCAACAAUGUCCUUCCCCUAUCGCGUGCUAUAGCAAACAUCCUCGUCUUCGUUAACGCCCAUCUCGCCUUCAGCAACGCAAACCAGGUUGCGCUUAUCGCCGCGCACGUUGAUCGCGCAGAAUGGCUCUACCCAACACCUCCCACACCCUCACGCGACGCCUCUGGCGAUGUUGCCAUGAACGAUGCUGCUGCUGCGCAAACGCAAACCUCAGCGAACAAGUUCCCGCAGUUCGCACAGAUUGAAGCUGCUGUUUUGGCUGCGAUUCGAAAACUCAUGGAUCAGACAAAGGAGGAGGAUCUCUCUGCUACGACGACACAAAUCUCUGGAGCCUUGACGCUGGCGCUAUGUCAUAUCAAUAAAGCUGCGCAGGCUCUUUGUGCGCCUACGGCUAAUCUCGAGGACAGCCACAAAGGCUCGUCGAAUACUGCUCCCCCAACUGUUCGCGGCCGAAUCCUGGUCAUUUCUGUCUCCGAUUCAGAACCCUCGCAAUACAUUCCCACCAUGAACGCUGUCUUCGCCGCUGGCCACAAUCAAGUCGCCAUCGAUACUCUCUCUCUUACUGGCGAGCCAACUUUCCUGCAACAGGCUUGCUACAACACCGGUGGCACAUACCUCGCUGCUACACAUCCCCAAGGACUACUCAACUAUCUGAUGUUCGGUCUUAUCGCAGACACAGAAGCUCGUGAAGCUCUCAUCGCCCCAACACACGACACCGUCGAUUUCCGCGCCGCCUGUUUUUGCCACGGCCGAGUUGUGGACACAGGCUUCGUCUGCUCCAUCUGUCUGAGCAUCUUCUGUGAGACGCCAGAGAACUCGGAAUGUUUCACGUGCGGCACCAAACUAUCUCUGGGUAACUAUGGCGCGAAACCCGCCGUCGUACCAAGGAAGAAGAAAAAGAAGCGCAAGAUCGUCAAUGGAGGCGGAUCACGGGAAGAGACAGGGAGUGCGACAGGGACACCCCGUCCAUGA